AUGAGGUCCUCUCUGUCACACGACGCCAUCCACUCGUCCAGCGUCGAAGCUUCUGGCAGUGGAGAUGCUGUCAAAUAUCGUCGGUCAUCCAAGACGGGUGUCGAGACUAUUAGCUUGCCCGAAUAUGGAGGAGAGUCUGGAGGUUCCAUCGACUCAAUCUCUCUGGCCAAGGACGGAACUCAUCGACGUCUGAAAUCUCGUCACAUUCAACUCAUUGGUAUCGGAGGUACCAUCGGUACUGCUCUUUACGUUUCCAUCGGAAAUGGUCUCCUCAACGGUGGGCCUGCCAGUCUGUUCCUGGCAUUCAGCAUAUGGUGCUCGUUCAUCCUUGCCGUCACUAUAAGCACUGCCGAAAUGGUCACCUACCUCCCUAUAUCAUCCCCCUUCAUUAGGUUCGCUAGUCGCUACAUGGACGAAGCUAUGGGCUUUGCAGCCGGCUGGAACUUCUUCGUAUUCGAAGCAAUCUUGGUCCCUUUCGAAGUUACCGCUUGCAACGUCGUCAUUCACUACUGGAGCGAUGUUGUUCCAGCUGGUGGUAUCAUUGCGAUUGUCAUUGUGCUCUAUGCCUUGAUCAAUGUCCUGACUGUCGAGUGGUAUGGCGAAACCGAGUUCUGGGCAGCUCUGGGUAAAGUGUUGCUGAUCAUAGGUCUCAUCAUUUUCACCUUCAUUGUCAUGUUGGGUGGCAACCCGCUUGGCGACAGAUUUGGCUUUAGAUAUUGGAAUGAACCUGGCGCCUUUGCUCAGCUAUACUACGGCGGUAAUCUUGGGUACUUCCUUGGUUUCCUUCAGUGCCUCAUUCAGGCUUCAUUCACCAUUGCUGGACCCGACUAUGUCAGUAUGGCAGCCGGUGAGGCCGAGAACCCACGUGUCGUUAUGCCCAAAGCUUUCAAGGCUGUCUUUUACCGUCUGACCACUUUCUUCAUGCUCGGAUCCCUCUGUGUCGGCAUUCUGGUCCCGUACAACGACAAAGAGCUGAUAGCCGCCACUACCGCUGGCCUUCCUGGUGCAGCAGCAUCACCUUACGUCGUUGCCAUGGACCGUCUACGCAUUCGCGUACUUCCGUCCAUCGUCAACGCUAUGGUUCUGGCAAGUGCUUUCUCGGCCGGUAACAGUUACGUCUAUUGCGCAUCCCGCUCCCUCUACGGUCUAGCCCUCGAAGGCAAAGCACCCAGAAUACUUACACGUACCACGCGUCGAGGUGUGCCCAUCUACUGCACCCUCGUCGUUUUGUGCAUUGCUCUCCUUGCUUUCCUGCAAGUCAGUGAAAACGCUGCCACGGUGCUGAAAUGGUUCAUCAAUCUGGUCACUGCUUCUCAGCUCAUCAACUACGCCGUCAUGUGUAUGACCUUCAUUUUCUGGAAGCGUGCUUGCGACGCGCAAGGAUUCGAUCGCAACAAUCUUCCCUUCAAGGGCUGGGGUCAGCCUUACCUUGCGUGGUAUGGCUUCAUUGGCUGCACCGUCAUGGCUUUUGUCGGAGGAUACACCGUGUUCCUGCCCGGCCAGUGGAGUGUUCCAACAUUCAUCUUCAGUUACUUCAUGAUUGGACUUUUCCCAAUCUUGUUUGUUGGGUGGAAGCUGAUCAAGAAGACCAAGUGGACUCGUGCGGUGGAUGUGGAUCUCAGAGGUGAAGUCGAGGAGAUUGAGGAAUACCAGGCUAACUUUGUUGCUUCUGCGCCCAGCGACUCCUACUUCGAAAAGGUCUUGGACAAGCUUUUCGGUUGA